CCCACUCUGGCAUUUUCCCACAUUAAUAUGCAGCGUAUAUACUGUACGUUAUCGUCAGUCAAAAAACUACAUCUCAGGCUCGAUGAUCUUCUGAAGAAAUCCCUCCGCGCCCUGAAGAGGAGAAGUCGCUCCUCUGCAAACACCCUGCCGUUACACCAUCCUCCGGCAGGCUACGCUUUUCUCGUCCCUUCCUGGACUGACAGCAGCUGCUCAGCCCAGUCAGGUUUUGAGCAUCUGCUGGGACUGCUGGGAGGACGUCGGCUCAGACUGCAGCGCACUGCGAUGCAGAGAGGGGGGCACUGAGGCUGUGAUGCCGGAGCUGUAAUCCGUAAACCUGUGCGGACGGAGCGCAGGGUGGAGCUGGCGGAGUUCGUGCGCACACCUCUGGAAGCUGCUUCCGAAGAGGAGCCUCUGCAGCGCCGCAGCUUUGCACCGGGAACCCGCCUCGGUACGUGACUCCGAAACCGAAGCUGCCCCGGAUCCCACAGGGAGGGGGGCCGUAGCGCGGCACCCCGCCCGUCUCGCCUCAUUUGGACCGCACGGAACUAAGCCGUGAUAUUCGCGCACGGAACCCACCGAGCAGCCCGCACCUCUGCGCCAAAGGUUCUUAAUGCCACUGGAUAACAUGAACUAAUGAGUUGACUGUUUGGCUUCAUUAAGGGACGAAAACGGAUGAAACUGGACAGCUUUGUGGAUCAGGAACCCACACAUCACUUCUAGACAAGAGGCAGAUAAAUCAGAAACGUGUCAUCGCUUUGGUGACCGUCCGGCUCAAUAAGAAGCUCAUCUCUGCCUCUACUUCUCGGCUCUACUAAUUAACUGCUUUCACUUGUUGCCAACAUGCGUCCUUCCCUCGCCACAGCGGUCCUGCCGCCCAGGACCCGUUCCCACAAUCCACCCAACCUGUCCGUUGGGGGCCGCGAACACCUGUCGGCCCCACGAAGGCGCAGCCCGCAUCUCCGGCACACCCUCAGCCCGGAGAACCUGCGGACUCUGGCGGAGAGGGGCGGGGCGGCUGUAGAUACCGUGUCCGUGGUGAGCAGCCCCAUCGGGCUUCCGCGGGCAAACAGCGACACUGACCUGGUGACAUCCCAGAGCCGGUCCUCGUUGACGGCGUCCACUCUGGAGUACACGCUGAACCGUGGCCAGAACCUCGUCAUAUCCUGGGACAUAAAGGAGGAAGUGGAUGCUACAGACUGGAUCGGGCUGUACCACAUCGAUGAAACCAGUCCAUCCAACGUGUGGGACUGUAAGAACAGAGGGGUGAAUGGCACCCAGAAGGGUCAGAUCGUGUGGAGGCUCGAGCCCGGGCCCUACUUUAUGGAGCCUGAGACAAAGAUCUGUUUCAAGUACUACCACGGAGUGAGCGGAGCCCUGAGAGCCACGACCCCGUGCAUCACUGUGAAGAACCCAGCAGUCCUGGUGGAAGGGCUGGCUGAGCAGGUUGGAGUCGAACAUCCUCGUAAACUGAUCAGCUUCACUUUGACGGACCUGCGUGCUACUGGCCUGAAGAAGGGGAUGUUUUUUAAUCCUGAUCCGUACCUGAAGAUGUCAAUCCACCCAGGGAAGAGGAGCGUGUUCCCCGUCUUCAGCCAUCACGGGCAGGAACGCCGAUCAGCUAUCAUCGCUAACACCACCAACCCCGUCUGGCAUGGAGAGAAAUACACAUUUGUGGCCCUGAUGACGGACAUCCUCUACAUUGAAGUGAAGGACAAGUUUGCCAAGAGCCGACCGAUCAUCAAGCGCUUCCUUGGCCAGCUUACGAUCCCUGUGCAGCGGCUCAUUGAAAAAAUACCUGGAGUCCAGCCCGUCAGUUUCUCUCUGUGUCGACGCUUGCCCACUGAGCACGUUAGUGGACAGCUGCAGUUCAAAGUUGAGCUCACCUCGACAGGACCGGAUGGUGCCUCCCCUGACUCCAUCAUCGGUGUUUCAUCCUUGAAUGGAACUCCAGGGACUCCUUCUGAUGAUGAAGACCUGCCUCAUCACCUUCCAAGCUUGGUCUCAGCAGGCCCCUCUCCUACGGGCUCCCAGGGCUCCCAGGGCACGGGGGAAGGCGCUACCGCAGCCUGUCUGGAAAAGGAGCUGCCUUUCAUCGGAGCAGAGGGCAGAUUUAUGGAUACUGAAAGCGUUGCAGGUCAUGAAAUGCUCCAGGGGUCAUUCAGUGAGAGUCUGGAUGCUAUUGAGGCCCCUAAAGGACCUGGUGAACGACCUCUGGGUGCCGCCUCACCUAAACUGCGCUCUAGUUUCCCGACACACACAAGGUUGAGCGCCAUGCUGCAUAUCGAUUCAGACGAAGAUGAAGAAAGAUCCGGAGCCAAUGACAUCACUCCGGUACCCCUGUCGCCGCUGCUAAUGAACGGAGAGCCUCCUGAUGCCCGUGGUACUGAUGAAGACGACACUGAGGGGCAGCAGGAGCCUGAGCGACCGGUGGGGUCUGUGUUGGAGGCGGGGCCAGUGGGUGCAGGUGCUAAGGCAGAAGACACGGCCCCCGAGGCCCAGGCGGCCGCAGAGGCCGUUGCUGGCAUGGACUUAGAGGAUGUUUUGGAGCAGGAUGUUUUCCUUGAAGUGGAAGAGGUUCCAUUCACAGAGGCUGCGUCCCAUGAUGCUUUGCCAGAAGGUGGAGACGCUCCUGAGCAAGGAAGGAUGGCUGGCGAGGAGCCCUUAUCAGAGAUCGAUAGCUGCUCAAUGGCAACAGCCCCUCAGACGGUCUUCUCAUCUUCAGACAGCUGUCCAGUCACAUUGACCACCGCUGUGGAAGCAGAGGAGGGAGCAGAGACCGCCAUAGAUCCAGGGGGAGACAUAGACUCUGCCGCCCCGCCGACCAAUCAGGCUGUAGAUGGUGAAGGGGGCGGGCAAGGUGCCGCUGCUGAAGCUGAAGCAUCGCCGCCGCCACCAACUAGCGAGCAACAGGAGGUGGAGGAGAUCAGCGUGAGGAGGCUGAGUCUGCAGGCUGCAGGGGGCGUGGCUGAACAACAGGAAGGCGAGGCAAAGCCAUCUGAGGAGGCGGGGUCUGCAGAUUCAGAACAAGUUACCACAGAAACAGAAGGAGAGGAAGGUGCUCACGUUAAUGGACAUCCUGUGCGUUCACUUCCUUCUGUGCGUCACGACAUCCACCGAUACCAACGUGUGGACGAGCCUCUGCCUCCCAACUGGGAGGCCCGGAUCGACAGCCAUGGGAGGAUUUUCUUUGUGGACCACGUCAACAGGACCACCACGUGGCAGCGGCCCACCGGACCUCCUGCCCCACAGGGCCUGACCCGCUCCAACUCCAUUCAGCAGAUGGAGCAGCUGAACCGCAGAUAUCAGAGCAUCAGGAGGACCAUCACCAACAGCGAUCGGUCAGAGGAAAGCUCCGUCGACCUGGUUCCUGAACCUGAAAGCGAACUGAUGCCACACUCCAUUUCUGAAUACAGACGAGAAAGCGGCGUCGCGCACUCCAGCGGCCGCUCGCGUCUCUCCCUGCUGCUCCAGUCGCCCAGCGCCAAGUUCCUGUGCAGCCCCGACUUCUUCACCGUGCUGCAUUCAAACCCUUGUUUACUGUUGUCACAGGUGGUGGAUGACUCUCGCCAAACCAACCCGCCCGUCCUGCCCCGCCCCUCCAGCACCUUCAGCGGCUCCAGUCGGAGUCAGUACCACGACGUGGUGCCUGUGGCCUACAAUGACAAGAUAGUGGCGUUUCUACGGCAACCCAAUAUAUUUGAGAUCCUGCAGGAAAGGCAGCCUGAGCUCGCCAGGAACCACUCGCUCAAGGAGAAAGUGCAGUUUAUUCGCAGCGAGGGAGUCAACGGCUUGGCUCGCCUCUCCAGUGACGCUGACCUCGUCAUGCUGCUGAGCUUAUUUGAGGAGGAGGUGAUGUCAUAUGUACCGCCAUUACUCCACCCAGGUUACUGCCUCUCCUCUCCACAGAGUUCCCCCGGUACCCAGCGAGCUAAUGCCCGCGCCCCAGCUCCAUAUAAACGAGAUUUUGAGGCCAAACUGAGGAACUUCUAUCGAAAGCUGGAGACAAAGGGUUAUGGACAGGGACCGGGGAAAGUCAAGCUCAUCAUACGCAGAGAUCACCUUCUGGAGGACGCCUUUAACCAGAUCAUGUGCUACUCCCGUAAAGACCUGCAGAGGAGCAAGCUUUACGUCAGCUUUGUAGGCGAGGACGGGCUGGACUACAGCGGACCCUCCAGAGAGUUUUUCUUCUUGGUAUCCAGAGAGCUGUUCAACCCAUACUAUGGGCUGUUUGAAUAUUCAGCUAAUGACACGUACACUGUCCAGAUCAGCCCCAUGUCUGCCUUCGUGGACAACCACCACGAAUGGUUUCGCUUCAGCGGGCGCAUCCUGGGGCUGGCCCUUGUUCAUCAGUACCUGCUGGAUGCCUUUUUUACCCGUCCUUUCUAUAAGGGGCUUCUUCGCAUCCCGUGUGACCUGAGUGAUCUGGAGUUCCUGGAUGAGGAGUUCCAUCAGAGUCUGCAGUGGAUGAAGGACAAUGACAUCGAAGACAUGCUGGACCUCACCUUCACUGUGAACGAGGAGGUCUUUGGACAGAUCACAGAGCGAGAGCUUAAGCCGGGCGGGGCUGGCAUCCCUGUGUCAGAAAAGAACAAGAAGGAGUAUAUUGAGCGAAUGGUCAAAUGGCGCAUCGAGAGAGGCGUGGCCCAGCAGACAGAGAGCCUGGUCCGAGGCUUCUACGAGGUGGUGGAUGUGCGGCUGGUGUCGGUGUUUGAUGCCAGGGAGCUGGAGCUGGUUAUUGCAGGCACCGCAGAGAUCGACCUGGCAGACUGGAGGAACAACACAGAGUACAGAGGAGGUUACCAUGACAACCACAUAGUGAUUCGCUGGUUCUGGGCGGCUGUGGAAAGAUUCAACAACGAGCAGAGGCUGAGGCUGCUGCAGUUUGUGACGGGCACCUCCAGCAUUCCCUAUGAGGGCUUUGCCUCACUACGAGGAAGUAACGGACCUCGCCGAUUCUGCGUGGAGAAGUGGGGGAAAAUCACCUCCUUACCCAGGGCUCACACUUGCUUUAAUCGUCUGGACCUCCCCCCCUACCCGUCCUUCUCCAUGCUCUAUGAGAAGCUGGUAACCGCUGUCGAGGAAACGAGCACGUUCGGCUUGGAGUAACCUCAAAUUGGCCGACACCCAGGAGAGAGAACCAUCUGAAAAUCUGUGUUCCUCACUUAGAGGCAUUAAAAAUAAAACUAAUAUCCUCAAAAGGCAACUAAACCCCCCUCCCUUCCCCUCCCUGGAUGACGCUGCUGUUUUUUCCAAAUGGCUUUACAUCACUCGGCACGCUGGCUUUGCUCUGAUUCUCCGCCUCCGACAGCUUCAGGACGAAAGACGGAGAAUCGGAGGACGGGUUGAAAAGCUGUACAGUACAAUUUCUUGUUUUCAUGGUAACCUUUGUUCACUGAGCCACAUGUGUGCUUUAUCUCUUUAGUUAAUGGCCUUGGUUACUGGAUUUCUAGCACCUCCUCCUCCUCCACCUCCUCAGAGACAGCUGCUCCAAAAACCCACUGAGUUCCUUUUCCCUUCUCUGGACCUCAAAACUGUGCCCGUCCCGCUCCGGGGCUGCAGUGAUAUGAACUAUAAGACACACCAAUCACCUUUGCACAAAUACACACUUAAGCAUUGUCUUUGUAUUAUGAGUGCAAACCAGUGUUUCCCCCGAGAGUCUUCAUCGGCGCGGGAUGAAGUGACAUUUUAGUCUUUAAACCGAACGCUGGCUGCUUGUUCGAAGAGAGGGGACACACUGGUGUGCACAAAUACACACUGAAAACACACCUGUUCUCACAGUUUAGAACCCCGAAUGAGCUGGACACGGAGUCGCAGGUCAUCGGCGGUGCUUGUGCGCAGCGUCAGUGACACAUUGUGGUAAUGACGGCAGGUUUGAGGUCAGGACUGUUACCUUCAGUUACUGCGACACCACAGCCCAAAAACGUAAAAAAAAAAAAACAUGUGACGUGUGAACGACGGUGUCACACAGAAGCGCAAGGUUCCUGUCUUACAACACAUUUCUCAUGAGCAAUAGAGGCACUUUCUGACGUAACACACAAAGUCCUCCCCAGCCAGUGAAAGUGAUGAAUGUACCAAACCAGUGACUGAAUGUAUGAACCUCGAGCAGGAAACAGAAGUUGAAAGGUUUCAACAUAAGCGUGACUCGGCUUGUUUAAGCACUGACGAUUUAUAAAUGCAAUGAUGGCUCAUGAGAUGCAUCUAUGGUGCUGCCAGCUUGCUCGGGGGAUCAGGGCUCAAAUGAAAGAAAUGCCAAACUAGGUCACAGGUCGUAACAUUUCCUGGGAGGAAAACAUUUUACUGAUAACAACCCUCAAAAAUAACCCAAUUCAUUGAUUAAACUGAUCAUUGGGCUCAUUUAUAUGUUUAUAAUGGCUUUAUUUGUGUUUAUCAUAUCUAUAUUCUUUACUUUACCAAGGAUGCAUAUUUUAAAGUGUUUUAACUAAAAUAUUUAUCUUUUUAAAUGUUUUUCAUGCAGAAGGAAAUCUCAGUCUGUUAGCCAUGGUUCACUGCAAAACAUCACAAUGCAGUAAUUAGGAGGAGAAAAUUACAAUCAUAUCAAAUUUUAUGCCGUUAAAAGAAACAUAUAUUUCACUCAUGUAACACUUUUCAUGGUUAGACCAAAAAGAUCCCCAAAAUGAUCAAAUAGAAGUCACAGAUGGAGUGCAGCUGUGAGGAGAAGCUCUCAGUUCAACUCAGACUUUGACAGGACAGUGGAAGGUCAAAAUAAUGGCAUAUACCCAUCACUUUUUACAUUUUACACUUAACUAAUCAUCACAAAAAGCAGAUCCACAAUUUUAAACGUCAUGUAUAGCAAUUAUUACAGUUACUGCUAAAGUAAAAGAAGGAUUUGGGAAUAAAAAUCCACAUUUUAAGUAUCAAAAAUAAAUUUCUGGUAUUUUUAGCAAACUAAACUGCUUGAAAAUUGUUUAAAUUAAUUGCAUUAUGGUGCUUUUAAGUUGCAUAUAAACCUUUGCUUUCAUAGAUGUGCAUCAUCUGAGGUUCAACUCCCCCUGAGCAACGCGGUGGCCGCUUUGAUGCAUCGCUCUAGUGAAUGGCUAUUAGAUGUACCAGGAAGCAUUGGUGGGAUUAUUUUAGUGCCUCUUGGGCGUGAAGUUUUAUUUCUUUGCAAACAUGUGACCAGAUCCAAGCGUCUCACUGUAGGAGCUGCAGUUUUUAAAGCAAAAUAUCAGAUAUCAACACCAGAGGGCAGCAAAGUCCCACUCAACUCAAACAACCAGUGGUCUGGUCCUCUCUGAGUGGCCUCCUGACCAGGGUAGAUGAUGAUGAUGAUGAUGAUGAUGGCCUUGUACUUUAGAACUUGUUGCAUACAGUCCAUGCCAGACAGUAGUUUUGUCUCUGAAGCAUGUGAUCGAACAUUGAGUGCACUCACACACACAAACUCAUUUUCUACAGGGUGCAUGCACGAUUACACCUACUGUACAGAGUCCUGUUGGAGUUAGACCACAGGGGCUGGAAUAGUGGUAGAGAUCCCCACCUGCGAUGCGACAUGUGUGGGCAGACUUUUGUAUCUCAGCCCCGCCUCCCUACCCACACCUCUCGCCCACCCCCGCCCUAAUAAUGCAUGCAGGAUCUUCCUGGUCAGCUCCGUGAGCUGGACCUGGUAGAAACUCCUAGGUGGCGUUGUGUUAUAGCUCGAUAUUGCAUGCUGAAAUAGUGCAACACACUGUCCUUACUAGCUUUUUUUGCAUGAGGAUACUGCUAUACAUUCAGACAAAGGGGUGAGGGAGCUGGUUAAAUUGUGCCGCUCCAGUUGUGGCGCUCCACCUGAGGCGUGCGCCCUUGUGCUCACCUGGCACUGUUGUACCUUUAGCUCGUGGGAACAAGGCGGAGGAUGAUGGUGUUUGUUAGCUCUCUCCCUGACAGUGGAACAGCGAGUAUUUCGGCAGCAUGCUUCGAAAACUUCACAUGUGCGUGUCUGCCUGUCUCAGUCACGGGCUGAUGGUCAUGGUUCAUUGCUGAACAGGUAAUGGAUCAAUAGGGCUGCUUUUGAUUUUGUGAGAGCACAUGUAUGUGUACCAUGUGUGCAGUCCUGUUUGUCUCUUUGUAUAUAAAUGUAUAUGUAUGUCUGUCCUGUUGUGUGUUUAAAUAUAUAUAUUUUGCACCGGAUGUACCAAAGGUUUGGGGCUUGCAAAGUCAACCAUUAGGCCUGCUCUCUAUUUCAGUCGAACAACCACACAUUCCCCCCUCCUCCCCACCGCCGUUUCUGGCUCACAGAGCAUCACCUCAUGUUUGCUUGAGGAGCAGAUUUGUGGCAUGGGCAGCGACGCUUAACGUUAGGAUAUUCACCCAGUUGGGUCAGUUUCAGUUCACCAUCACUUUGAGGCUUUUCAGGUGCAGAUGAAGACUGCUGCACCGCUCGUCUUUCUGUGUACAUCUGACAGGACCCGGCUCCAGUUUUCAGAAUUCCACUCUAUGCAAAGCUCCUGUAUGUGUGUGUGUGUCCAUUUCACUCCAAUGAUUGUAAUAAAAGAACAAAUGGAAAAUUUUUAUGAAUGA